AACAAAGAUGGUGCUUUUGGGGCAGGUUCCCUAACCCUCGGUUCCGGUUGUGUUUUUUUUUUUUUCCCUAUCCCUAAAGCUACGUGGUCGCAGACGGAAAAUGGAGGCUAAAGACAAACAAGUCCUCCGUUCACUUCGCCUGGAGCUGGGUGCAGAGGUAUUGGUGGAGGGACUGGUUCUUCAGUACCUUUACCAAGAAGGAAUCUUGACAGAAAACCAUGUUCAGGAAAUCAAAUCUCAAGCCACAGGCCUCAGGAAAACGAUGCUACUAUUGGAUAUCCUGCCCUCCAGGGGUCCUAAAGCAUUUGAUACCUUCCUGGAUUCCCUUCAGGAAUUUCCCUGGGUUAGGGAGAAGCUGGAGAAGGCAAGGGACGAAGCCAGAAUUGAGCUACCUGCAGGUGACCGGAUGGCUGGGAUUCCUGCACACCUCCUCAACAGCUCCCCUUCAGACCGUCAGAUUAACCAGCUGGCCCAGAGGCUAGGUCCAGAGUGGGAGCCAGUAGUGCUGUCCCUGGGACUGACUCACACCGACAUCUACCGCUGUAAGGCCAACAACCCCCACAACGUGCAGUCGCAGGUAGUGGAGGCCUUUGUCCGCUGGAGGCAGCGCUUUGGGAGACAGGCUACCUUCCUGAGCUUGCACAAGGGUCUUGAAGCCAUGGAAGUGGACCCCUCUGUGCUCCAGAACAUGCUGGAGUGAUGUCACCCAGCACCUACUGGGGAGUGGGCCCCCAGGUCGCACAAGCUCAGUCCCAGUGUUCACUUGGAGCAAGUGGUUUCUUGUCUGAUUAAUGCUUUCAAUAACCAAAUAAGAUUAUUAUGAUAAUAGAUGGAAAGAGAAAACAGGGUUUCUGUUGAUAUUACUUAAAAGGGCAGGUUACUCAGUACAGCACAUUGGUGCCGCCAUCAAUUGUUUUUAAUUACUUAAUGAUUUCAUCAUUGCGUGCACUGGUGGCAUCACACCUGUAAUCCUAGCUACUCAGGAGAUUAAGAUCUGAGGAUCGUGAUUCAAAACCAGCCUG